CGGGCCGCCGGGGGUCGUGCGUCGAAAAGCGGGGCAGGGGGUCGAAAAUCGGCGCGGGAGGAGGAGGAGGCGGCGAUCGCAGGGAUUUCAGCCGGGACGAGAGGAGGCCUUGGCGAGAGAUGGCAUCGGUGCUGCAGGGGGUGGGGGCCGCCCUGGGGUGGAGGGCUCACCGGGUGCUGGAAGAGACUGACGAGAACGGCAGCCCGCCGCCCACCCGCUCCCGGAGGAAGCCCGGGGCCGGCGGCCUGAGUGUCCUGCGCGGGAGUCUCCGCACCCGGGAGGCACUGCGGCAGGUGGACGUCAACUUUGGGGGGACCCCGGCCUGGGAGCGUCUGGAGCCCCCAGAGAAGGGGAGGCAGAGCCUACAAUCCGUCUGCCGCACGGCCCAGAACGCCCUUGGGGCGGUGGCUCAGAGGUUGCAGAAGUCCCGGCGGCCUCACGGCCACCACCUGAUGGUCUCCCCUGGGAAGAGAAGCCCCGCCCCCCGCACCCCUCGCCGGCGGGCCCCCCGGCCGGCCUCCGCCGCUGCCACCCCCCCGAGGUCCGGGCCCCGCCGGUGCCCCCCUCGGCCCAGCGCGUCUCCCCGGAGGCCCGGAGGAGCCGAGUGGAGACGUUUGUCCUCCUGGCUGGGGAAGGACGGGGGGACGUUGCCCCUCAGGAGGUCUCAGAGAGCCGCCGCCCUCAGCGGCCCCUACUCCUCCCCGGCCCCCCUGCUCGGCCGCCGGCAGACGGGGUCCCGUCUGGCCUCGGGAGAAUUCGACAGAGACCUGGAGUCCGUUUCCAGAGGGAUCCAGGAUCUCCAGUAUCUCUCCCAGGAAUUUGAUGACGCCAUUGCCAGAGAAGAAAGGAAACAAGCGAUCGCAAACUACCAUCUCCUAAUGUCCCGGAACCUGCAGGCUGCUCGCAAGUCCAAGAAACUCUCUCGAUCUUCCCUGAAGAAGCUGCAGCUGAACUGACACGGCUCUAACCAGGAUAAUUAAGUGUGGACAGAGGGAGGGAAAAUUUAGAGGGUCAUAGGACAAACAAGCUGGCAGGUGGUUCUGCUCUUCCUUUCAUUCCCACCCUCACAUCAGCUUCUGGGGAACGACCUUUCCUCUCCUCCUCCACGAAUCCCCACUCCCCGAGCCCUUCUGAAAUCACGAGGCAGCGGGGCUAGGCUUCCUCUGUUCGACAGAGUUUUGCCUUCAGGUUUCCUCACGCUUCCUUUUAACUUUGUCGCUCUAGCACAUACAGGCCCUACUCCGGAGACUUGCAUGCGGGUCUCAGCCGCAACAGAACUCACACUAGCCUCUUCACACUAACACACUUGGGGCCCCAAGCGCCCCAUCAACUCUGCUGCGUAAACGAGCAGAGGUGCGAUAGCCCAUCGGCAGUAAGCUGGUGAUGGAAUUGAUGCGCCUCAGUGUUCUCUGCCCGCUGCGCUGGUUAGUCAAAAAAUAUCUGGCUAAUAUCCCUUUUGAAGAACCGAAAGGGUCAGAGUGAGCAACCUAAGUGCUUUUUAUACACAUGUUGCCUUUCCUCUUAGGUCAUUGUGACAAAGAAUCCGAAUAGUCCUUAGGAGCUCAGGAAUAAGCUGAAAUCAUAUAUAUGCCUCUAGAUAUAUAUGUAUAUAUAUUCUACAUAUUUAAAGUUUAGACUGUUUACCUGUUGACAACUCUACUGAGUGGAUUUUCUUCCCCCUUGUUGGGGUCGGAUUUACACUAAAUAAGGGCUUGUGUUCUAAAACAAGCUCUUCUCUAGGGAUAAGGUGGUGCCUUGUUUUAUCAAAAAAAAAAAAAUGAAAUUGCACCUCGUUUUUGAGAUCCACCAGUAAUUGCUUUUAUAUAGAAAUACUUGUUACCAGUUUUGACACAUUAAAAAUUUUCUUUUCUCUUUUCAACCAA